AGUGAGGUAAAGAUGUCAUUCUCCUACUUGUAUUUUGUCUUCACCCUGCAUGUUAUCACAUUGGCAUCUGACACAGAUUGGUGCUAUGACAUUCAAAAAUCAAUCAAUAAUCCUUGUACAGUACCACGACAGUGGAAAGAGGUAGAAACGCUCUGUGGAGGAACCAAUCAGUCCCCAAUCAACAUUGUAACAAAAAAUGCCCAUUAUGAGCCAAACCUGACCCCAUUUUCUUUCAAUGGAUAUAAUAAUGCAAAAGACUGUCCAUUCAAAAAUAAUGGUCAUUCAGUCGAGCUAGAACUACCGGAAAAUGAAAUGACAAUCUCUGGAGGAGGACUUACAGGUACUUACAUGGCUACACAGCUUCACUUUCACUGGGGCAGUGUGGAUAUGGAUGGAUCUGAGCACAGCAUAGAUGGAGAAAGAUAUCCAAUAGAGCUUCAUAUUGUUCACACAAAGAAAUCAGACAAGUCAGAAUCUGGUGGCAGUGCCGCUGACAGUACAUCUGAGAGUGGAGCUAUUGCUGUACUUGGAUUCUUCUUGGAAGCGUCUCCAGAACACAAUUCAAAGUAUGAUGGUUUAAUUAGUGGUUUAAGUCACAUCUCCGGAAAAGGCAACACCACAACUGUAGUUGGUGUAAAGCUGCAAGACCUGAUUCCAGACAAGGAGAAUCUAAUGCUUUACUAUAGAUAUGAAGGCUCACUCACCACUCCCUCUUGUAAUGAGACAGUCACCUGGACUGUAUUUAAUAAUACAAUUAAGCUGGCUCCAGAUCAGAUAAAAGAAUUCUACCAAAAGAUUAAAUACCCUUCUGGUGGCGCCAUGGCUGAGAAUUUCAGACCAACACAGAAACUAGGCAGCAGGAAUGUUUUUACUUCCGGUGUAGAGGCGGUAUUGCCCCACAGCAGACAUUUGCUGAUCUCGUUGAUUGCAGUUUAUGCAGUGUCUGCAUCCUAAUCAAUGCAUUAUGGGAAUUUCAGUCUGCAUUCAAAUUUGAUUUUGAGCUAUUGCACAUUAACAUCUAUGGUUAACAGAUCGUAUGUGCUGUGGACAUUAAACACUCAAGGAAUCUCAAAUCAUGUGCUCUACCCAUACUCUGGAUAGCUUUGUGCACUGAAUUUACUGCUUGAUAAACAUAACUUCUUUCAGGUUCGGGUUCAAAUGUCCACACGUACAAGUCCUCACAUUGCUUUUAUUAAACUGUGACAUAAUCUCACUCCCCCCUGGUGUCACAUUUUAUAAUAACCAUUAAUACAAUCACACUGUGACAGACUGUAAUAAAUAUGUUAUACAGUAUACACAUUAUUAUAUAUGAACAUGUUACAGUAUGUCAUUUUUUACUAUGUACAAAUUAAGGUUGAAGAGUUUAUUUAAUUAUGUAAGAUACAACAUUAGAAAAAGCUACACAGAAAUGUAUAGGAUUCAAUUGUAUAUUGUUUAUUUAUAAUCACAUUGACAGUAAUAUACAAUGUUUUCUAUUUUCUAAAAUUAUAUUAUUUCACUUUGUAUAUAAUUUUAAGUAGAAAAUAUUAAUUAAUUUUCAGUAAAUUUACUGCCAUAGCUAAACACUUUAGACAAAAGAUAAAUCAUACAUUUAAACGGGGGUAUUCCAUUUCUGGGGAGAAUGGUUAGAAAAGUGGCACUGCGCCACAACUAAUAUCACCAAUUUUACCUCAUACCCAAUAGAGGAGCACAGGAACAUUGGUGAUGUUAGAGCACUGUAUUCUAUCGCCAAGUGUGCAGCCGCACAUCCUGGAGAAUAGAAUACUCCUGAAUAAAUCCGUAUUAUUCCGCAUGAUCUUUUUAAGAUAAUGAUCUAACAUUAAAAAAAAAAAACAGAAGAAGGUGUCACGGGAGACGCAGUUUACAGUAUAUAGAAGGGUAACAUACAACAUAGCAAGAAUGAAGAGAGACACUUGAGCAUAUAUUUAUUAAAAAGGGGAAGUGAUAACAUCAUUUAUCAAGUACCAGAUUUUCAUUCCUAAUUGUGACAUUUAUGCUGAAAUUCCUAAAGUUGUACGGGUGAAAGUGUCCACUGAACAGAGAUGAUGUCAGUGAUAAAUCAUGUGACUAAUUUAUCACUGAGAAAUGACAAAUAAAUGAGUCAGUCACCUGGGCCAACAAUGGAUGCAUAGGUAAGUUUUUUAUGAGUAGUGUGACUCUAGUAAAGAUAAAAGACCAUUGGAAGAGAAAACUAUCUAUGUCCACAGUAAAUAUAUGUCUGCAAGUUUGUUACUGUGUAAUUUAUAGCAAAGUUUAGUUCUAUAGCUGUGAAUACCAUAAUUAGGGGGUUAUUCUGAGUUGUUAGCAAACCAGAAAAGCACAGUAAUAGGCAAAACCAU